GGCGCCGCAGCGGAAUAUUUUUUUAUUCUCUUUAUAUUAGAGAGAGUGGAGAGUUUGUAUUUACAUGUAUAUUUUUUUUUGAGAUUUACGCGAUUGCAUCAACAAGCAACCUGCUUUUAGUUUGCAGUACAGUUCAUCAGCAAUACUCUCUAGAAUUGUUUCAAUACACCUCGUACAAUAUGAAUAACUCACUAGAAAACUCUGAAAAUGUCAAUUUGGGCAUACCCGCGUCCGCAAACAGGACCUCUCUCAUGGUGGACACCAACGCAAAAGGAGGUCCACGAAGAAAUCGAUCCUUCAGCUUCCAAGAGGCGCCACCAAGAGCAGAAAACUCGGAAGGUGAAGGAUCCAUAGGAACUGAAGUAUCGGAGUUCGUGGAUGAAGACUUUGAUAGUCCUAAUUUCGACCUCAGCACGAUGUCGUCUAGAGUGAGCAUAGUGUCUAGCAAGGUGGUGAAGGUGAUCGACAAGAAGCCGUCGAUUGUCUCGAAGUAUAUGUGUGGGAAUAACGUGGUCGUUCAGGCUAUCACUGGAACCCUGAUACUGUGUGCCGCGAUGGCUAUAACACUGUUUGUGCUCUCCUGGGGUUAUAUAUAGGGCCGCUGUUUAAGUAUAUGAUCUAAAAGCAGAAUCUGCCAAGCGAACUUGAAAGAGAACAUCUAAUUCCACUACAUAUCCAGCGGACUUGAGAACACACCUAGUGGCCUAUCCAGGAAUUGAAUGCAUUUUCCGGCUCAAACAAACUACACUCGGACGGCGUUAUAAAUAGUCUGUAAUUCCUGGGAUGAAUACCUUGACAGUCACGCCUGUCGCAUGCUUGCAGCCGCACGGUCGUGCAGAUUAUGAACAAACGGUUUAUUCAAUCGUAAAUUGGUAGAUGUAGCUCUCGCCAAUACACCACACAAAUAUACCGCACACGGUCUCAGAGAAACACAACCAGACUCCCUUCUAUAAGAAAGGAAAACUAGCACUGUGCUUUUAAUGAACAAGACAUCGGGGCGUACGCCGUACAGCCUGACAGGGCCCCCUGAAGUUUGAUUUAGAAGAAAUAAAACGUUAAACCGAAUAUAAACGGAA